AUGACGAUUCCCACACCAGAGCAAAUCGACCAGGAGUACAAACAGAUCAUCGGCUUCCUAGAGUCCAAGUCAACUAUUUUUGCUGAGCUAAGAUGUGUUCAAAAGGAAGUUUGGGAGAGCCCAGAUGCCGACGAGCAUUACAAAGCCCAGAAAGAGAAGGCCGCAUCGACAGCCCGCAAACAAAAGUCUUACUUUUUCCAAAUGAUGAAGAGUAUUGGAGACAAGCUCCAGUAUAAACACAGGUUGAUUCCACCCGCAUCGGAAAGAUCUGACUUUGAAGCUCUGGACAUAUGCAUGGCCCCUGGAGGAUUCACCUCCACUGUGCUGAAGCAUAAUCCCCUUGCAAAAGUGUACGGUCUCACUCUAUCACUAAAGGAAGGCGGAAAUGAGAUUUUUAUCAAGAAAUGGACAGAAAACCCAAAUAUCGAGAUUCAAUUCACGGAUAUUGCCAUGCUUUCUGCCGAGUUGGGAUCCCCGGGCUUUGUUUCGCCAGGAAGCUCUUCUGGGCUCCAGUUUUCAAGUCUCAUUCCGUUGGAAGGACGCAUGUUUGACCUGGUAAUAUGUGACGGACAGGUAGUGGCUGGAAGAUACGAGGGCUCAAAGUCCAAGCAUGCAGCAACUCGACUCUCCUGUGCUCAGGUUAUCUUGGGACUGCAGCGAAUUAAGCCGGAUGGAACCUUUGUCAUGUUGCUCCAUCAAACUUAUCGACCUCAAGUUGUCCGGCUUUUAGAGGCUUUUAGUCACUUUUCCAACAUCGCGCUCUUCAAACCUGUUCCUUGUCAUGCGAAACGGAAUUCGUUUUAUAUCGUGGCUAAGAACGUGGAUCCUCAUAAUGAGAGGGCGUGUCGGUUAUUGCGCGAUUUGAAAAGCUCCUGGAGAGCAUGCACGGCUGAAGCGUUUGGGAUGGAUCUCGGUGAGACUUCAGUGGACGAAGCCACCACGGAGGAUAUGGAGAAUAUUUUACAGUCGUUUGGAGAAAGCUUGGUCAAGCUUUCUAAGCCUAUUUGGAAAAUCCAGAGAGAUGCGCUGAAGAAGCAAUUCUUACGUUAG